AUGUCCAAAACAAUCCACGAGACCGUAGCUAAACGCAUCGUCUUCACGACAUCCUUGCCAGUCGCCGAGAUCGUAGCUCGUCUCGACAAGGAGCUCAACAGGGACAAACCGGGCCCUACGAUCAACGAAAUUCUGCGUAGCUCGAAGACGCGAGACGAACAGGAGCAGAAGAUAGGGGAGCUGUCUGGAGGAAAGGAUUUCGUAUUCUUCGGUGUGCAGCCGCACCACGUGUGGCGAAAUGUGUACAGGGGCACGACGAGCUCACCGAAGACGUACCAAUACGUGCUCGGGAACCCGCUCAUUGCGGAGACGAUGUUCAAGCACGACCUCUAUACUGGUCUCCACGUCCCGCCGCGGAUUCUUGUCGCGGAGAAGGCUGAUGGAAGCGGCACUGAGGUUGUCUACAUAUUACCAUCGACAAUCAUUGCGAUACCAAUUGACGGAAAGGUGAAUGCCGAGCUCAAGGCCGCAGCAGAGGCUCUUGACGAGAAACUUGAGCAGCUGGUGCGGAGGGUGACGUCCGUGUAG